AUGAAAAGAAGAAGUAGAACAUAUACUGAUCAUACUAUAAAUCAACAACAACCACUUGACAGUGGUGAUGUUAAACAAUGUAUAUACUUACAUGCGAAAAUGAACAUAUUGACCUAUAUUAUCGACAAUAAAAUUUAUGGAAGGGAGUUUAUAGCAGUGUCUAAAAAAUGUUGUUACUUAUGUGAAUUUUAUAUCGAUUUUGCACAAAUACAAGGAUAUAAUAUUAUUGUCUCUGGAAAUCACAAGAAAAUAUAUAAUCAGUUCCCUGAGAUAUAUACUAAUCAGAUCAUAAGGCAAAAAUUAGAACACUAUACUAGGAGUUUGCCAGUAGGUCCUGAUAGUGGUAGAAAUAGUCCAGAUCUAAAUAAUAGUGAUAGUAGAUAUAUGGAUGCCUCCUUUUAA